GUCAUCAAAAACACAAAGCACGUGGUUGCCACAAUACUGCGAAAGCUCCGUUUCCAUUGGUUGUGAGGUUUAGAAACGCAAUUCGGUCAUCAUUUGUUUCGCCUUUCACGUUGCACUUCCAAGCUGGUUCCAAGUUCAUUGCUGACGAAGGUUGGUGAUUUGUAUAUAUCAUUUAAUAACUAAGUUUGGGAUCUAGUCACGCAGUUUUUUGUUUAUUUCUUAUAAUUUGCUCGAUACUUUGGAAAAAAUAAUGCAAUAUAUACCUGUGUCGAAUCAGAGUUGUUGAAUUACGCAUCCGUGUUGUAUCUAAAUGAGGUGGCACUACUCUUCAACGAGGAAGUAGAAAGUCUCGACUGCUUGCUGAAAAGAGAUUUGUAAUCGGUGUUUAUACGGAAGUAGGCUAUCAACCAUUUGGCCUACAUGAACUCCCUGUAAAAGCAUUUGAUUUUGUGUGGUACUAGUUAGCAAUUUUCUUUUUUGAAGAGAUUCUGGCAAGUGCUUGUUUAUUUAAGGGCUGAGUACUACGUACGUAGCCUUGCUUAGAGUUUGGUUGCCACACUUAUGUGUGUCACACUGCAAGUGUUUGUUCACUUUCCCCAUAUUACUUAUUCUCCUCAUCAUGUUAGACGAAAUUUCGGCGGCGGUGCUCUUUUUAGUCCGCCUGAUCGAGAAAAGCGAAAACUUUAACCAAGAGCAGCUCCAAGAAUUUCAGAAACAUUUGUCAGAGUUGCUCGUGGAAAGAUUUGAAAACCAUUGGUUUCCUGACCAACCAUGUAAAGGACAAGGUUAUCGCUGCAUUCGAGUGAAUGAAAGAGAUCGACGUGAUGCUACUUUAGAGCGAGCAGCUCUUGCUUGUGGUUUCAAGUAUGAAGAUCUGAAGUUACCGGUAGAACUUACUCUUUGGGUUGAUCCAAAUGAAGUGUGCUGCAGAUUUGGUGAACAUAGAGGAUCAUAUUGUACUCUGGCAUCAUUCAAUGGGAAAGAGAACAAAAAUAAUAUUGAACUGGAGAAAAUUGAAGUUGUCAGUGAAAAUCAUAAGGAUACAAAAUCAGAGGUCAUUCCUUUAAGCUCGAGCAGUUUUGGUGCAAAUAAGAACCGCAGAUCUCCAGGUCGUGGCAGCCCAAAACAUAAUAACCAUAAAACAACAUCUGGACCUCGCACCAAGGGUUGGAACAAUCAGGGUCAGCUGGGGAAUGCCUUCCCACACACUCUGCCUACUUGGUAUACAUUGAUUCCUCGAUGGCUUCCUCCCUCUCCACCACCUUGUCACCAUCACAAUUCCCUGGUGCGAUCUUCGACUGUCAAAUGGAACAACCACAGCAAUCAGGGCAGCCCAAACUCUACCUAUCAGCAUUGGCAACAGCACAAAGGGACGCUCAAAGUGUGAAACUGGACCUGAUGUUUCUUUAUUGCAACCUAAAUGCAAAUUCUACUGUUUUUUACUCAAUACAUUGAGCUUUGAAGUUGGUUAAAACCAUUUAAUUGCAAAAAAUACUGUGGUUUAUGUAUAGAAAUGUAAUUGUCUGUAGAAAAUUUGUUUUCCAAAAUUUGUCAUAUAGUUUAUGUUUAAGAUUUUUUCCUAUUUUCUUGUGCAUGUAUGAGAUUGAAUAUAUAGUAUUAUCUGAAAUUUGAGGAAAAUGGGCUCAAUGCGUUGUGUAUAAAUGUUUGCGUGAAACAAAAGCACAGUUUGUGGAUUCACCAUUCUUAGUGGCUGCACCUGCCCUAUUCUUAGCUUUAAACUCCUGCUGCAUAACGAUAUUGCUGGGUUUGACUACCAAGAACAUGAAUGUUUGUCAUAUAAAUGUUACUACUUUGGUUUGCUGAGUGCUUUCAGAAUAAACUGCUUUGUGCAGUGAUUCUUUUUUCUGUGAUAGAUGCUUGUUUUCUUUCCCAUGCUGUUUUUAAAUAAUAUGUAUAACAAUUAUCUUGUGUAAAGCACUUCAUCAUUGUUUAGUAUAUCUAAGUUCUUGUACUUGUGUUAUUAAGAAUGGUAAUAAUCCUUGUGAUUCUACAGAUUUAUCACUUACGUUGACACACCUUGCUUUGUAUAAUACUUUUUUUUAUAGUUAUUGUAAUAAUGUGUGAAAUGUUAUUUUCGUUUAUUAAACUAAAUUCAUGUUGUGAACAGGUUAUGUACAGAUGCCACUUACAUUCCUCCCAUUCCAUGUUUUUCAUUUAGACAGUUCACACUUGGUAUAUUAAAUAUGUAUUCCUAGACAAAAAAGUGAUUAAAUUGCUCUUAAUUAGAACAAAGAAUGAUUGAAUUGAAUUUGUAGUAAAUUUUAUUGUUUUUUUUUAAAUAUAUAUACUUAUUAUCUCUAUAGACUGUUGUGAAAAGUGUAAAAUGUUAAGUACAUCAAUAUGAAGGUAUAUUAUUGAAGGAAGUUCAUGAUUGCAUUGUAUAUAAGCUAAAUGUUUACUAAUAUUUUCUUGUGCAUUAUGAAGUCACAUUCUUCAAUGAAUUUAGUGGAGUGUGCAGUUAUUCAGAAGUAUGGCAGUAAUUUGUUAUAUAAUUCAUUUGUGGAAGUAAUUCUGUAUUGAACUUUUUUUUUAUUGUGUGUAAAAGUGGCAUAUUUGAAAUCUGGGGUCAGUUUUGCUCUAAGAUUCUCUAGUGUAUUCUCCUGAAAUAUAUUAGGGGGAAUCUUUUCUUCUGGGAUGCAGCCACUAUUAAUUAGCCAUUCAGUUUUCUAGAAAUAAUUAAAUUUUUUCCUUCGAAGUUCAUUGCUUUGUUGUUUCACUACUUUUGCUAGCUUAUUUGCCAUUUAUUUGAUGUGUUCAUGACAAUUUUUUGUAAUCCUUUUAUUUUCAUUAAUUUUGAGAAUUGGAAAUGUAUUUUACAGAAAUGUAAAUUACAUUUUCCAUGGUGUAAUUUUUACUAUUUAAAUUUUCAGUUUUUAUGUAGCUGCUAGUUAUUUGGAAAAUAGAAGCUUCAUCUUUGAUAUACAUCAUGAAGUUCAAACAUUGAAACAAGUAUGCAUUUACAGUAAGUGUUCAGUGGGUAAUGUGGCAGCAUUGUGACCUGUUUUUUGUUAUUCAAUACAUGUCAGUGGGACUAAUGAGUAAAUGAGGUUUUUGAAGUGGUCAUCUUGGCAGGGAUAAGUUCUAUAGCCUACAUAUGUUCAAUUUCUAUGAUUUUCUGCAAAAUGCGAACAUGUGGAAUAACAUAUUGGAUAUUGUCUCCUAUACUGGAUUAAUAUACAUUUGCUGAAUAGGAACAUCUGUAAUUUUUCCCAUCUGCAUUGAGGUCUUUGUCUCAUGUUUGCAUGAAGUGAAGUUGUUUGAAUGUAAAUCGAUUUGGAUGCUUUUUAUGACUUAUUUGCACUGAAAGUCUUGACGAUUAUCUGCUUGAAAAGCUGCACAAAUAAUUUGAGUUAAGGUAAUGUAUUGUGGUAUUCUUAAUGUUAUUAGCCACUUGCUGUGAUUGAGAAAAUAUUGUGCAAUUUCUGUGAAUUCGAUUUUAUUGAAUGGUUUUAUGUGUGUAUGUGAGGUGAUAAGAAGGUGCUUUCUUUAUAACUGUAAACAAUAAUCUUUUUAUUUUUUUUAGAGCAUCAUUUUAUUACCACUUCUUAGUGUUUGAACUUCUCUUUUGUGUAUAUGUAUUUCUUCAUUGUUUGAACUAGAAUUUUUAUUUAAGACGGUUUUUAGGUACACCGAAGAAAUGGGAGGUGUACAUUUGAGUUGAAAUGCACUUGAAUUUUGUGUUUUAGACGAUUUUUAUCCAAAUUUGAUGUUGUGAAGUUUUCCUUCCCCAAACAUACUAUUUGUCUUAUAAUGGCAUUACUUGUGAAAGGUUUUAUUGUCUUGUCAAAAUUUUAGUGUGUUUACUAGUGUACAUACGUGUUUUCAUAAUUUUAAUGAGUUUUCACCUGAAGAAAUAGUCUGGGAUGGUAUGUUUUACAAGUAUUACAUUAGAAUGAGUAAUGUUUUUCGAACUGAAAUUCUUUUCUUCAAUAACUGGGCACACUCAGUUUUAUGAAAUCUGCAGUUCAUACACCAGUAAUGUCAUUUUGCUGUCAUAUGUUAGAAUAUCUGAUUUCCUGAUUUUUAGAAAUGUUUUAGUCACAUUUAUAUGAAGUGAGAUAUAGCUUAUAAUUUGUAUGUCAAAGAAAUAUGCGGUAUAUACAACUUGUAUAGCAAUGUUGGUGUAAUAUAGAUAUUAGUUUUGCAUCAGAAAAA